UUGCUGUCAAAUGUAUUUGACGUUCUUUGAACAAUUUCUUUAUGAARCAAGGUAGAAAUACUUAAUKUCAACAUGGCUUUUAAAGCAGCAAAACCYAAUGGAAAUUCUGAAUGGAUUUCUCCUCACAAACUCUCUCUUUUGGUGCUCAUAAAAGCACUGUGUCGAAAAGACAAGGACGACGAUAUGUAUUCAGAAUGCAUUGCAAGAUGUCGGCAAAAUUUGUCCUUGUUCAUGCUGGAGAUAUUACAGGUUCCUGAUGUUGAACUAAGGGAAUUAUGUCAAAGACUGCAAAGCAUUGAUAGCGAACAAGAAUUAGACAACGCGCUAUUACAUUGGUUACAAGAGAUCAAUGCUGAAGGUGUAUCAAGUCUUAUUGACUUCUUCCAGUCUUUAGAAGACUUUUUCUCUGGCAAAGAACCAGCAUUGCAGAAAACAAGUUUAUUUGGUCUAUUUGUCAGGAGAAUGAGUCUACUYUUUCACAAAAUGACUUUCAAUCAAGUCUCUCAUUUUCACACACUGUUACAAGAGUACAUGGGCUCAAUGGAACCCAAGGAUAAUAGCGAUGACAGUAUGGAAAGCAUGAGGAGUUUUACUAUUGACAGUGACCUCAAAGAGAAACARGCCUYAGGCAAAAUGAAAGCWUCCARCAGACARGCACAGUUUUUCUUAGAGAAACAAGCAUCGCUAAUCCAAGGCAAUGAGGGAGCCGCACUCUCACCAGUUGAGUUACAGAACAAAAUUUCUCAGUUACUGGAAAUAUCACCAGACAUAACAGAAGCACAUUUUGUGAGCUACUUGAACUGUUUACGAGUUGAUGAGUUCAAACAGGCUUUGGAUAGUUUGUACCACUAUUUUGACCAACAACAAUGGAACACUCCACAAUCCAAAAUAUCUACUGAUGGGAAUGGAAUUGAGGAUGAGAAAUGUAAACGGUUUAGAUAUGCAGCUCUCAAUUUAGUGGCCCUGCAUUGCCACUUUGGACACACAUCAGAAGCACUAGCUGCUUUGAGGGAAGCCAUUCAAAUUGCACAAGAAACUAAUGACCAUGUUUGCUUGGAGCAUUGUCUGGGCUGGCUAUAUAGACUAGAACAAGAGGGCAGCUCACAAGCAACUGUACUUUUGGACAGAUAUGUUUCUAGAGCAGYAGAACUCAAAUUACCUUACUUGACUUCAUUGAGYAUGCUGACCCAUGCUAGACACGAUGCAAUUAUUGGCGUCCCUCCACCAAAGGUAUUUCUUGCCAUGUCUCAUAUCAAUGUGAUCAAUUCUCAAAACUCUCUACAAGACCUCACAGCAACAACACAUGCUCAACAUGCAGCAAUAUGGCAGUGCUAUGGAAAAUGUCAAAACGACAUAAACUUGAAAUGGAUGCUUACAGAGGCACURAUUGAACAUGACAGAGCUCUAUUCAAAGCAGAUGUGUUGGGCGCACAAAAGGCUGCAAACAAAAUAAUUCCAUUGGAUGAAUCAGAGUCUGCUUACAGGUCUGCAUUGAAUAUGAUAUAUGAAGGGAAUACAGCAGAGGCUAACACUGUAUUACAGAAGCUGYUGCAAGAUUGCAAACAGAAAACUGCUUCCUCUAAGAAUAGAACAAAGUCAUUGGCAGAACUUCAUACUAAUGUAUUGCUAGCACUAUGUAAGUUAUAUACAGUGUCAGGGAAUCCCCUGGCUGCUAUGCCACAUUUACUGGACUGCCUUACUCUGGCCUGCUCACACUACCUGGACCACACUGCUGCCCUGGCAUCAAUUUGCAUUGGACACUUACAGCUUCUUCUUGGCUUACCUGCCAAGGCUCUUGUACUCGUCAAAACUAGUAUGGUUCAUCUAUUGGCCCAUGGUUCUCUAUAUAUUCAAUCAUGUGCUCAGUUUCUGCUUGUAAAAUGUCAACUUGCCACAGCUCUUUCUUCUAACUCAAAUACUAAAAGAAAACAAGCUCUUUUGUCUGCCUUGCCAACACUAGAUGCUAUACUUGGGAGCUUCAAAAAAUUAGAAGCUUURCACAAAGUUCGGGAUGUCUUAUAUCAUAAGGCAAGAAUAUAUGAMGAACUUGGUUAUGUAGAAGAGAGGAAUCAUUGUGCGAGCGAAUGCUGUCAAAUACUGAAGGAACAAAGUCAACAUUCUCAUGCUCUGGCUUUGUGUUGCUUGUAGAAAAUAACAAGCAAUGUUUGUAAAUAUGUUAGAAAAAGAAAUUGAACCAAUAAACAAUUUUAUUUUGAUUA